GCUCCACUGGAGGCAAGCACACCCGGGUCUCACAUUAAAGAAGCCAAACUGUCUGCUUCAAAGAGAAAAGGCAACAUCCUGUCGCAGGCCAUGCUCUGGCAGAAACCCACAGCUCCAGAGCAAACCCCGGCCCCACCCCGGCCGUACCAGGGCGUGCGCGUGAAGGAGCCGGUGAAGGAGCUGCUGCGGAGGAAGCGGGGCCACGCCAGCAGUGCGACGUCGGUGACGCCGACUGCGGUGAUGCUGCCCCACCAGCCCCUGGCGACCUACACCGCAGUGGGUCCUUCCUGCCUUGACAUGGAGGUCUCUGCCUCCACAGUGACGGAGGAGGGGCCCCUGUGCGCAGGCUGGCUCUCCCAGCCUGCCCCGGCCGCCCUCCAGCCCCUGGCCCCGUGGACGCCCUACACCGAGUACGUGUCCCAUGAGGCUGUCAGCUGCCCCUACUCGGCUGACAUGUAUGUGCAGCCUGUGUGCCCCAGCUACACGGUCGUGGGGCCCUCCUCGGUGCUGACCUACGCCUCCCAGCCGCUUAUCACCAAUGUCACGACGAGGAGUGCCGCUGCGCCCACCGUGGGGCCCCCGCUGGAGGGCCCCGAGCACCAGGCUCCCCUCACCUACUUCCCGUGGCCUCAGCCGCUGUCCACGCUGCCCACCUCCACCCUGCAGUACCAGCCUCCAGCCCCAGCCCUGCCUGGGCCCCAGUUUGUCCAGCUCCCGAUCUCCAUCCCCGAGCCAGUCCUUCCGGACGCCGAGGACCCCAGGAGAGCCAUCGGUUCCCUGACCAUCGACAAGCUGCUUUUGGAGGAAGAAGAUAGUGACACCUAUGCGCUCAACCACACGCUCUCCGUGGAAGGCUUUUAGGGCUGGUGCCCACCAGAGAGCUUCCUGUUCAGCACGCUGUUUCCUGAAACGGAUUUAAAAAUGAGCCUGGGAUCAAACCCUCAGAUUCAUUUCUGCUUGAAGUUGCCAUUUCAUAACAACACUUUCUACCCCAAACUAGAAUUGUAAACCAGACUUUCUCCCACCCUCUCUCCCUUCUUCCAGUCCUCCCCAUUUUUCUUACUCACCCUUUUUUAUUUCUUUUUCCAUUUCAGUUCCCUUUGAGGAAGGCAUUAGGGAUUUUAAAGAUAAGAUUUGAUGGCAGGUGUUGCCUAAUUUCUGUGGCCCAGGAUUUUCACUUCUGUCACGUUCCCUUCCUGGAGAAGGCCCCUUUCUUCAAUGCCCCCCGCUUCACGGUAGCCAGCAGCCCCGCUGAGCUGUCUGCAGGCAGUGACGUCCUAUGCUUUGUCGUUUUGAGAUGGAUGGGGUGCCCUGUGAGAAGACCAGCCCUGCCAGCAUUUCCAAGCGCAGAACCAACGCCGGAGGCCUUGAGUGUCAGUUCCCACAAUUGCUCCUUUGUUUGCUGUUCUCAGCUUUGGCCGGCUCUACAGUCUAGGCAUCAGGGUCUCAAGGCCUGGGGCUCAGCGAGGUGAUGGUGGGGGCUGG